AUGUCCCCAUCAAUACCACUGCAAGAGAUGAUACGGGCCAUUAGGUCAGCCAGGACUCAGUGUGAGGAGCGAGGUGUCAUCCAAAGAGAAUGCGCUGCCAUCCGAGCACAAUUCAGACAAUCUGACAAUGAUGGCCGAUCUCACAACCUGGCCAAGCUUCUCUAUGUGCACAUGCUUGGCUACCCUGCACAUUUUGGUCAGAUGGAAUGUGUUCGAAUGAUAGCAAGCCCUCGCUACAGUGAAAAGCGUGUAGGAUACCUGGGAGCCAUGAUGCUUCUGGAUGAGAAGCAGGAUGCCAGUUUGCUCAUCACAAAUUCCAUAAAGAAUGACCUGUGUCACAGUAGCCAGUAUGUGCAGUCCCUGGCGCUAUGCACACUCGCUUGUAUUGGCUCAACUGAGAUGUGCAAAGAUCUUGCUCCGGAGAUAGACAGGCUGCUUCGAGCCUCAAAUUCUUAUAUUAAGAAGAAGGCUGCACUGUGUGCCAUACACAUUGUUAGAAAAGUUCCAGAUCUUGGGGAGCUUUUUGCCCCAACAGCUCGCUCACUCCUGUCUGAAAAGCACCACGGUGUACUCCAUGGUGCUGUGGUGCUCAUCACUGUACUCUGUGAGUGUAAUCCAGAGACACUGGAGCGCUUCAGAAAGGCAGUUCCAGAUCUGGUUCGCAUUAUGAAAGGCUUGGUCACUUCCGGUUAUUCUCCAGAGCAUGACGUGGCAGGGAUCAGUGACCCUUUCCUACAGGUUCGCAUUUUGAGACUGCUCAGAAUUCUUGGUCGCAACAAUGAAACAGCAAGCGACACCAUGAAUGAUCUACUAGCUCAGGUAGCUACCAACACAGAUAGCACUAAGACUGUUGGCAAUGCUGUCCUGUAUGAAACUGUUCUCACUGUGCUGGACAUCAAGUCAGAAAGUGGCCUCAGGAUCCUGGCCGUGAAUAUCCUGGGUCGCUUCCUGCUGAAUAAUGACAGGAACAUUCGAUACAUUGCCAUGACCUCUCUACAAAAGAUUGUAAGUACAGACAACAUAGCAGUGCAGCGUCAUAGAGGAACUAUUGUGGACUGCCUGAAGGACCCGGAUGCUUCAGUCAAACGCCGUGCGUUAGAUCUCUCCUUAGCAUUGGUGUCUGCCAGCAACAUUCGCUCCAUGAUGAAGGAGUUGCUUGUGUUUCUCUGCUCUUGCCCCCCUGACCUCAAAGCAGAAGCUGCUAGCGGCAUUUUCCAUGCUGCAGAGAAGUAUGCACCCUCCCAGCGCUGGCACAUUGACACAAUUCUGCAUGUCCUCACCACGGCUGGAGGGGAUGUAAGAGAUGAAACUGUUCCCAACCUGAUCCUGCUCAUCACCAACGCUUCUGAGCUUCACUGUUACACCGUCCACAAGCUUUAUCGGGCGCUGCUCACUGACAUCUCUCAGCAACCACUGGUUCAGGUGGCUUGCUGGUGCAUUGGAGAGUAUGGGGACCUUCUACUUACUGGAGUUUGUCAGGAGAUGGAGCCCACUGAGGUGACUGCAGACACCGUGCUUGAUGCUUUGGAAACAGUUCUACAGUCUCACAUGUCGACCCCAGCGACAAGAGGCUUUGCCCUCACCGCCACAAUGAAAUUGAGCACCCGCAUUAACGAAAAUGUCGAUCGAAUACGAAGCAUUGUAAGCAUUUACGGCAGCUGUAUAGAUGUGGAGCUCCAGCAGAGGGCGGUGGAAUACAACGCACUUUUCAAAAAAUAUGACCACAUGAGGGCAGCAGUGCUGGAGAGAAUGCCUGUGAUUGAGAGGAACUCACCAGGUCAUACAAAUGGGGACUCGAUUGGGGAUGUCAUCAAAGAGAUGGAGGUGGACAAGGUGAAGCUGAAACCUGACUUGGUGCCACAGCAACCUGCUAACCAGGUGUGUGAUCUUUUGGACCUGCUUGGUGACUCAGAAAAGUCCAUUCAGGGCGGCACAGCACCCAUCCAGCCCAUAAACGCAGCCAAGCUUGCCGGAGGGGACCUUCUAGAUCUGUUGGGAGGCUUUGAGCACACUCCUCUGACGCCAGCCCCUGCAGUGACAGUGUAUGAGAAUAACGGUGUAACUUUGACACUGAGCUGUGAAAAACAGUCCGACUGCGGUCUGACAGUGACCCUGAGAGGCAGCAACUCCUCUGACUCUGACGUCAGUAGCUUUGCUCUCCAGGCUGCUGUGCCUAAGAGUAUCGAUUUACACAUGAAGGCCCCCAGUGGAGACACUCUUCCGGCACGGGGCUCAUCUCAGGUGACUCAGUUGGUAUUUCUCAACAACCCAAGUAAGGCCAACCUUAGAAUGAGAAUACGGAUAUCAUACACAAGCCAGGGAUCUUUCAUUCAGGACACAGUCCAAGUUGAUUCCUUUCCUGGAUUUUCCUGA